AUUCUCAUAGAAAAGAGGAAAACACAAGGCCACUCUUUCCUUAGUCUCCCCACAAAGUCGCCCUGCCCCUGUUCUCUCUCAUGCACCCAAGAGACCACUUUCUGUAACAGGAAUUGUAAACACAAGGUGGAGUCAGGAAGGAAUCCUGUUGACAGUGCAAAAUGCGGCGUCGGGCAGGAGUUGGUGCCAUACAGCGGCAGAAGAUCCAGCAGGAUAAAUUCAAAGAGAAAGGAAGUGAAAUACAGGAAAACCAACUGGAACAGAUGACCCUUCAGAUGGAAAAGUUUCGAGAGCAUUUGGAAGAUUUUGCAGCAAAACACAAAAAUGAGAUUAAGAAAAAUCCUCAGUUCAGGAAACAGUUCCAGGAGAUGUGUGCCUCCAUUGGAGUUGACCCGCUAGCAUCAGGCAAAGGAUUCUGGUGCGAGAUGUUGGGUGUGGGCGAUUUUUACUACGAGCUGGGCGUGCAGGUGGUGGAGCUGUGUGUAGCCACCAGUCAUCGCAACGGUGGCGUGUUAUCCCUGGAUGAGGUCCUACUCAGACUCAACCACAGGCGCAGGCCGGACAACCAGAUCAGCAGUGAUGACAUAGUGCGUGCAGUGAAAAAGCUUCGGGUGUUGGGAUCAGGCAUGGAGGUGGUGGCCACUGGCUCAUCCCAGUUCAUCUACUCCAUACCAGGAGAGUUGUCCAUGGACCACACUGCCCUGCUGCAACAUGCUGAGAGUGUGGUGCAUCUGACUGUGGCAUCAGCUGCAUCUGCCUUGGGAUGGUCUCAGGAGAGGGUCAGCAGGGCAUUAGACCACCUCCUCCGAGUGGGUGUUGCUUGGCGAGAUGACCAAGACCGUCCUCCUUCCUUUUGGUUCCCUGCUUUCUUCCAGCAGUGUGCCACAGCUGCUGAGUAACAACUACAUAAGGCAAUCAUAGAUCCUGUGCGUAUUAGUUCACAGCCUACUUGUGUAAGUUAUAACUUUGAAAUACAUAGAAAACUGUGUAUUUAAGUCCACAUUUAGGUAGGAUUACAAUUUGAAAAGAUCAUAAGAAAUUCAAUGAAUUGAGAAAAAUUACUUGACUUCAGAAUUACAAAAACACUCACUAUAGCUCAUAUUAAUUGCUGAUUCCUCGAAAACUGUUGAUUAUCUCUUUACUUCUUUAUAUAUAUAUAUAUAUAUAUAUAUAUAUAUAUAUAUAUAUAUAUAUAUAUAUAUAUAUAUAUAUAUAUAUAUAUAUAUAUAUAUGUUUGUUUAUAAGAGCCAUCUUGCAAAAUACAUUGAGCACUUACUGCUUGGGUCACCCCCUUGGGGAGUUUGAAGGUAAAAGGAUGAAGUGAAUCAUACUUAUAAAGAUAAUAUAAUACUCAUGUCAUUGUAUUUCCUGCUUGUGUAGAUUAAUAAAUAAAUCUGACACUGUGAGACCAAGAAGAUUGGUUAUCAGUGAAUGUAUUGAAAAAAUAUUAUGCAGGAGCAUAGUAAUUUUUGGCAGUGUGAAAUGUUCCUUUUCAAAUUGGUGUUGAUAAAACGUGUUUCUUCACUGUUAAUAAACAUACGCUUUCCAUAGUACAUCAAGGAAGACAUGAUUGCAGUGCAAUACUAGUGUGUAAUGGAAAGUAGAGAAUAUAUUGCAUAAAUAUGAACUGAAUAAAGUCCUGAUUGUUGUGCAAACAUAGCCUUUUGUUACAGCAAGUAGUUUUGAACAGUACUGAAUAGAAUCAUGUUUAUAUGUACAUCAAAGGAAGUGGAAAAAGGUUUUGAAGAGAAAUUGUGAAUGGCUCAGUGGCUGGUCUCUUCUAAAAAAGGUGAACUGUCUAAUAUCAUACUAUGUGCCAUUUCUCUAUUCUUUCCCUGUCUUUUAUGGUCAUAUCACCAAGAAUUCUUUGUCUAUCAGUUUGCAUGUUUCUAAUUAAAUUGGGAGAGCAAUAACACCAUCCAGUGCAAAAUGGUCUGUAAACCCCUUGUAAAAAUAAUCUGAUUUAGAAAAUUGCAUAUCCCAAAAGCAAAAUUUUAUAUUUCAAGAGGUAGUUUGCAUUAAGCAUAGGGAUGAGUUCCUACAUAAUUCCCCUUGAGACCCAAAGUAAUAUGUUUUUUUUCCAUGAUCAUUGCUCAUUGAGCUGUGCAGUCACUUAUUUUCAUUCAAGGCCUUUUAUACAUUAUUAAUAGUUGCAUAUGAGCGCUGAGUAAGGGACCCACUCACUCUUGUCCAUUUUUCCCAUUCUUCAAAUAAUGACAAGAAUUCAAGAGAGUAGUGUUAAUUUGUUUCUGAAAGUUGCUUGUGUUUCUGUAGAUAACUGACUGACACAGAACUUUGAUUAUAUGAGUGCUUCCCAUGUGUGGAGAACAUUCAAAGCUGCUUGGAAUGUGGAAUAACCUUACCUAGUUUCUCAGGGAUGUUGUGUUAUCAUGAUGCUUCUAUUUGAUAUAUGUAAUUUCCUACAUACUCUAGGCUCCUCUGAGACCUCUUGUGGAUGAUAAAGAAAUCCUUAGCACCCUGCUUACGGUGACCCUAAAUGUGAAUUGCUUUGACGUGAGGUAACACCUGGUGUAGAAAUAGCAGAUAUUGACUCAAGCACAUUGAGAUGUCCCAUUGGCUCAGCCCAAGACAUUAAGAUGUAAAAGCUGAAUCAUUCAUUUAAAAGCAGCUGUUGCUAAUAUAAUCCAUGUUAUCUGGUCUUAUUGCAGUAUUCCCAUAUGUUUCCCAGUUGUUCUUUAUUGAAGUGGUUAGCUGUUGCUCAGUACAAUCUUGUCAUGGCCACUUCAUAUGAGACAUAUAGUGUUCAGAUAUUGAUUGCAUUUUGGAGAGUAAAUACAGGACCUUGUGGUAGCAAACCCAGUGCUCUUGCCACUCAACCAGAGCUGUCAUGAUUUAUAAUGGUUGAUUAACUAGACUUAUAUUUAACUAAAUCACUAUGCACUUCUUGAUUAUCUCAAGUAGAACAUUUUCUUUGGGAAGCCCCUGGGAAGAGAAAACUGUGAUAGAAAUUCCUUCAGGAUACUGUGUCUGUACUUUACUCACUUGUCUGUUCUGGAUCACAUCAUUUUCUUCAUUCUCAUGCAUGUUCUAUUUUCCACCCACAAAAAGAGGCAUACCCAUCUUCUUCAUAGGGUUUUCCUAUUCCAUUUGAAACAUCGUGACCAAUCUCUCCUCACUCAUGAAGACAUACUGGAUAAAGUGUGAAUUUAAUCCUGUCUGCCCAACUAGGUGACAUUAUCAAUAGUUAUCAGUUGGUGAAUGCCUUAGAACCAGGUUACUAAAGAUGAACCUUGUGCCUGGCCUCAUCAUGGAUCCACCAGUAUUCAGCAUCCUUUACCAUAGAUCCUUACCAUAAGCACUGUGAUGUAUUUUGUAGGACUUAACACUAGUGAUUAGAGGUACAAAGACCUAAAAAAAUUAUCAUGGGGCAUGAUGACUGUUAUUGUCCCAACAUCUAAGGCACUCUUAUUUGUUCUGGUCAUGGAUCCAGUUCCCAGCUGCAGCCUCUAAUGGCCAAAAGAUUUAUUCCACUAUUAGAUCAAUAUUGCAGUGUCAUGAUGAAGACAUUACAAUGGAUAUUCCUUUACACACCUAUGUAUAUAUGGUAAGAAACUUGACAUUUCAAAAGAACAAAGGUUUGGAAUGCAUACAUUAUAUAGUAAUGUUCAAGCACAGAAAUGCUGAGGCUAUGGUUUAUAUGUAGCCAGCCUUUGAGAGUUAGGUCAUGCUUUUCCAUGGUGAUGUAAUCAUCCAAGUUAAGAGCUGUAUGUUGAAAGACUGCACAUCAGUUAAGUAAUUGAUUUGAUUGUUUUAAAAUUGGCAAGAACAAACUUGUUCAUUCCUGAGUUUUAAUUCAUGGUUCAUUCUAGUGAGUGUGCUCCAAGCUUUCAUGUGCCUGCACCUGUGUUGUCUUUGUGCAGAUGUACUAUAUAUUUUUGCAUAAAGUCCUUGAUUAUUUUUAAAUUGAUUUCAUGAAUCAAAUAUUUGAAAAUAACAAUAACAAUAAAUUUAGAUAUUAGCUAAAA